AUGUAUGUACCUCGUUGGCUAAUCCUUUUUUCGGAUCAGGCGACGGAAAUUUUGGAUAUGAACGGAACAUUCGAGAAUAUUACUGACGAUGCAUUUGAUAAUCGCAUACUGGAAAACAACACCAUGCAUACUGGAACGAAUGGACUCGAAAUUGAUUUAAUGGAAUUACUUCGUGUUUCAUCUAUAGUUUACAUUGGUAUGUGCGUUCUAUGGCUACUCUCAUUAUUCAUGCUGCUAGCAUCGAUUAAACUCGACAAUCUCGAGUUGGCUGUCUUCAAUGCAAUCAUUCUUUGCAUUGUUAUGAUUUACGCGAUUAUACACGCUUUAUUCAUCUCUUUGCUGUUCUUUUAUCUGUGUGAAUGUUUGGCAUCGAUUGUGAAUAUUAUCAAAGGAGGUGCGCAUAAAAGAGGAAAUGCUCAAGAGUACAGUAUUCCUGAAGCUAGACGACAUUCGCAAAUGGCUUACGGAGAUGAUGGUCUUGUUCAACAGUUCAGUCAUUUCUAA